AUGGCGCUUGUCGGGAGAAGCCCCGUCAAGGUCACGGCUGCGCCAUCAACAGCUCCCCAAGAGGCUAUGGCUGCCUCUCUUCAGGCGCAUAUCGACGAGCUAGUCCAGAAGAAUCGAACAUGCGAACACACCAUACGGCGUCUUCAGCAGACAUUAGCCGAAGAAAAGGAGCGUGGUAUCGAAGUCGUCUCUCGACUUAAAGCUGCUUCACAACAAGAACGCGAGGAAUGGCGCGAAGGGUGUGACUCGUUACUUGCAAGCCACCGGAUUGUGCAUCUGCGUACUCGCAUCGAGCUUGAUAAGGAGCGUAUGAACGUGCUACUGGAGAAGGAGGAGAAUAGGAGAGAACGGAUUAAUAUUCUCCAUCGUGACUAUAGGCUCACUCUUUUCCAAGCAAAGGAGUCAGAGCUUGAGGCCAAGAUUGGUUCCUUGGAAGAUGCACUGGAGGAACUGACAGAGGAACACGAGCAAGACGGGCAGGAGUAUAUGGAGAGGAUCGGUUCUCUGGAGAAAGAACUACAGAAGGCAGAGAAACUGCGCAAAGAGUCCAUCUCACGAUUAAAAGCUAGAGAAGCUGAGUUUUCAUCUUUACAGUCUGAGGUCGCUACACUACGAAAAGAGAACACAGCAAUGAAAGCUUCGUCUGAAUCAACUUCCGUGAACUUGGAGCGGACAUCACUCCAACUUGAAGGCGCAAAGACGAAUAUAACUGAAUUGGAAAGUGCGAAUGCUGAACUCAAGCGGACCAACGUAGAUCUCAAACGCCAGUUGGAUAGGUGGCAAAGCCUUGAAACGAAGGGUGGUGCUGAAGUGGAAGAGAUGCGGAAACGAAGGAUCGAACUGGAGGUCCAAGUGAAGGAACUGCAGAGCAGAGUGAAAGAGCUGGACAAGUCCGACAGCGACAGCACGAAGGCACUGGAGAAAGAGAAGAAAAAGGUCGAGAAACUGAAAAGAGAGAAUGACCGGAUGGCUGAGGUUACGGAGGAGGCGCAGUCAAUUGCAAAGAAAGCCCAGGAUGAAUACGAUGAAGCCGCUAAGCAACUGCGUGUAGCCCAAAGGCUCAUUGAGAAACUUCAAAGUGAGAAGCUGUCGAAAGAUCAUAAGAAGAAGGGUCGACCGGCUCAACCCAUCGAUGUACAGGCUGCAGAAGUCGAACCGGAGAGCGUCGAACCAUCGGAGCGGGAAGUUGAAAAGUCCCUGACACAGGCUCCCAAGUCUCGGGUUCGCCCUCGACCUGCUGCUAAGGGAAAGGUAUCAGAUAAAGAACUGGAGUCCACUGAAGAAGAGCCUGAGGUAUCUAACGAGCAGGAUGACGAGGAUGAAGACCAACAGCCGAAACGUACAGGCAAGGGCAAAGUUCGAGCACAAAGCGAGAAUUCUAAUGCGGUGAAGAAACGCAAGAACAAGCCGCCUGUUGAACCUGAACAAGACGAAGAAUCCGAAGGGAGAGAUGAUGAAGAGAAUUCAAGAAGAAAGCGAAGGGGAAAGAAAAAGGCAGAUGCCCUCUCGAGUGAUUCGGAGGACGACUCUAAGAAGCGAGCUAAGAGCAAUUCGAACAAACGCGACAAGGUAGCUGACAGCGACGAAGAUUCAUCACGCAAGCCGGAUACUACCAAGCGUCGGGCAAAAUCGAAAGAUAGCCAGGUGCACGAUGCAGGAACCCGAAGUUCGAGUCAACCAAAGGCUCGAAAGCCAAGCU